AUGUUGGGGUUGGGUGUGGACCGGCUUCAAGCCGACAUCAACCGCCUUCUAACCUCCCUUUUCCACCAGGGAGUGCUGGACGAGCAGUUCUUACAGCUUCAGCAGCUUCAAGAUGACACUUCACCAACCUUUGUGUACGAUGUCAUUAAUAUCUAUUUCGACGAAUCCGACAAGUUACUCCGCAACCUUAGAUUAUCGCUGAUGGAUAGAGAAUUCUCGGACUACAAGAAGAUAGGAUUGCAUCUGAAUCAGUUGGUGGGAAGCAGUUCCAGCAUUGGUGCUCGUCGGGUUCGUAACCUCUGCGUUGCCUUUCGCUCUGCUUCCGAGCUUAACAACCGCCCUGGGUGCUUGAGAGGACUGGAGGUAGUGGAGCAUGAGUAUCAUUACCUCAAGAAUAUGAUGCAUGAACUCUUCCAUCUGGAGCAGCAGAGGCUAUUAGCUGCAGGAGUCAGAUAUCCAAUGUAG